UACCUGUCAGGUGUCAGAUCUGAAGGGACACUUUGUAACUCAGGUAGCCAUGGGAAAAGCUCACACCUGUGUCCUGACCAAGAGCGGGGAGGUGUGGACAUUUGGAGUGAACAACAAGGGCCAGUGUGGCCGAGACACUGGAGCCAUGAGCCAGGCAGGGAAAGCAUUUGGAGUAGAGAACAUGGCCACCGCGAUGGACGAGGACUUGGAGGAUGAGCUGGAUGAGAAGGAGGAGAAAUCUAUGAUGUGUCAGCCAGGCAUGCACAAGUGGAAGCUGGACCAGUGUAUGGUGUGCACCGUGUGUGGAGACUGCACCGGGUAUGGAGCCAGCUGUGUGAGCAGUGGCAGACCAGACAGAGUGCCAGGAGGGAUUUGUGGCUGCGGCUCUGGUGAGUCGGGCUGUUCGUCAUGUGGCUGCUGUAAGGCUUGUGCCAGAGAGCUGGAUGGUCAGGAGGCCAGACAGAGAGGAAUCUUUGAUGCUGUGAAGGAAAUGAUACCGCUGGACCUGCUGUUAGCUGUGCCUGUCCCUCCUCCCCCAGGCGUCAAUAUAGAGGAGCACACCCAGAUUCGACAGGAGGAGAAGAGACAGCGCAUCAACCGCCGGCACCGGCUGGAAGAGGGCCGAGGCCCCCUUGUUUUCCCUGGUCCCCUUUUAAUGAACCAGCGUGAGCAGGUGCUAGCCAGACUAAGACCCCUUCAGGCCUUUAAGCUAAUGCAGGAGAAACUCAAAGAUGGCAGCAGUGAACGCGGGGACAAAGAUGCCAGUAAGAUCACUACAUAUCCUCCCGGGGCCGUACACUUCGACUGUGAGCUGCGAGCCGUGCAGGUCAGCUGCGGUUUCCAUCACUCCGUGGUGUUAAUGGAGAAUGGAGAUGUUUACACCUUCGGUUAUGGACAGCAUGGACAACUUGGGCAUGGAGAUGUUAAUUCUAGGGGGUCUCCCACUCUGGUGCAAGCUCUGCCCGGCCCCAGUACUCAGGUGACGGCAGGCAGUAACCACACUGCAGUGCUUCUCAUGGAUGGACAGGUCUUUACGUUCGGGAGUUUCUCUAAAGGGCAGUUAGGACGGCCCAUCCUAGACAUGCCCUACUGGAACGCCAAGCCCUCUCCGAUGCCCAACAUUGGCGCCAAGUACGGCCGAAAAGCCACAUGGAUCGGGGCCAGCGGUGAUCAAACCUUCCUUAGAAUCGACGAGGCGCUAAUCAACUCCCACAUCCUGGCCACCUCCGAGAUUUUCGCCAGCAAGCACAUCAUCGGUUUGGUUCCAACAUCGGUAUCUGAGCCUCCUCCCUUCAAAUGUCUACUGAUCAACAAACUGGACGGGAGCUGCCGCACCUUCAAUGACUCAGAGCAGGAGGAUCUCCAGGGUUUCGGCCUCUGUUUGGACCCCGUCUAUGAUGUCAUCUGGAGGUUUCUGCCUUCCACACGUGAGAUGUGCUGCUAUAACGCGGUGAUAGCAGACGCCCGUGUGCCCACUGCCUCGGACAUCCAGGCCCUCUGCAGCAUCCUGAGUCCUGAGCUGGCUCUGCCCUCGGGCUCCCACACCACCACCACCCGUUCCAACGGAGCGCUGCACAUCCUGGGUUGUCUGGACACACUGGCUGUGAUGCAGGAGCUGAAGAUGGGUGUGGCCAGUGCUGAGGAAGAGACUCAGGCUGUGAUGAAGGUCUACUCUAAAGAGGACUACAGCGUGGUCAACCGCUUCGAGAGUCACGGAGGAGGCUGGGGUUACUCUGCCCACUCAGUGGAGGCCGUUCGCUUCUGCGCCGAUGCUGACAUCUUGUUAGGGGGUUUGGGUCUUUUUGGUGGCCGAGGGGAGUACACUGCAAAAAUCAAGCUGUUUGAGCUGGGGCCAGAUGGAGGAGACCAUGAGACUGAUGGAGACCUGCUGGCCGAGACAGAUGUUCUGGCAUAUGACUGUGCUGCUCGGGAGAAGUACGCCAUGAUGUUCGACGAGCCUGUGCUGCUGCAGUUGGGCUGGUGGUAUGUGGCGUGGGCUCGUGUGUCUGGACCCAGCAGUGACUGCGGCUCCCACGGCCAGGCCACCAUCACUACUGAUGACGGAGUGGUCUUUCAGUUCAAGAGCUCAAAGAAAUCAAACAAUGGUACUGAUGUGAAUGCUGGACAAAUACCUCAGCUGCUGUACAGGUUGCCCUCUAAUGAUGGUAACGCAUCCAAAGGAAAGCAGCAGACCAGUGAGCCUGUGCACAUCCUAAAGCGUUCUUUCGCCAGGACCGUGUCUGUGGACUGUUUUGAGUCUCUGCUGAGUAUCCUGCACUGGAGCUGGACCACGCUGGUGUUGGGGGUGGAGGAACUGAGGGGCCUGAAGGGUUUCCAGUUCACAGCCACCCUUCUGGACCUGGAGCGUCUGCGGUUUGUGGGGACUUGCUGCCUGCGACUGUUACGCGUCUACAUCUGCGAAAUCUUCCCCAUUUCUGCCAGUACCAAAGCGGUUGUGGAGGAGUCCAGCAAGCUGGCGGAGUGUGUAGGAAAGACACGUAGCCUUCUGAAGAAGAUCCUGUCAGAGGGGAUGGACAACUGCCUGACCAAGCUGGACAACGACCCGCAGGGAUAUCUGAGUCAACCCCUCACGCUGCUGGAGGCCGUGCUGCAAGAGUGCCACAACACCUUCACCGCCUGCUUCCACUCGUUCUACCCCACGCCGGCCCUGCAGUGGGCCUGCCUCUGCGACCUGCUCAACUGCCUGGACCAGGACAUUCAAGAGGCGAACUUCCGCACGUCGAGCAGCCGUCUGCUGGCCGCGGUGAUGUCAGCACUGUGUAACACGUCGGUCAAGCUGACCUCCGUCUUGCCCAUCGCGUACGACGGGGAGGUGUUGCUGCGCUCCCUCGUCAAGCAGGUCAGCACUGAGAACGACUCUGCCCUCGCUCACCGCUUCCCCCUGCUGGUGGCACACAUGGAGAAACUCAGCCACACGGAAGAGAAUCUCAUGGGCAUGACGACUUUCCGGGAGGUUCUGGAGAAGAUGCUUGUCAUUGUGGUGCUUCCUGUGAGGAAGAGUCUGAGGAAGGAGGUUGAGCUCUUUUCUCCUCAUCUGGUGUCCAACACCUGUGGCCUGCUGGCCAGUAUCGUCAGUGAGCUCACUGCCUCUGCUCUCGGCUCUGAGCUGGACGGGCUGAACUCCCUGCACUCUGUGAAGGCCACCCCCAACCGCUUCACUAAGACCAGCCAAGGACGCAGCUGGAACACAGGCAACGGCUCCCCCGAUGCCAUCUGCUUCACGGUGGACAAGCCAGGGGUGGUGCUGGUGGGUUUCUGUGUGUACGGAGGAGGAGGCAUCCAUGAGCAUGAGCUGGAGGUGCUCGCUGAUGAUGCUCAGACGGAGCACCCUGGAGAUUCCGCCCACUCCCACAGAUGGACGUCUCUAGAACUGGUCAAAGGGACUUACAGCACUGACGACUCCCCAAGUGACAUCGCUGAGAUCCGUCUGGACAAAGCUGUUCCUCUGAAGGAGAAUGUGAAAUAUGCUGUCCGCCUGCGGAACUAUGGCAGCCGCACAGCCAAUGGGGAUGGAGGCAUGACCACCGUCCAGUGCUCUGAUGGAGUUGCCUUCACCUUCAGCACCUGCAGCCUGAGCAGCAAUGGCACCAACCAGACCAGAGGCCAGAUUCCUCAGGUUCUCUAUUACAGGAGUGAAUAUGAUGGCGACCUGCAGUCACAGCUGUUAAGCAAAGCCAAUGAAGAGGACAAGAACUGCAGUCGUGCUCUUUCUGUAGUCAGUGUGGUGGUACGGGCGGCCAAAGACCUCCUCCACAGGGCCUUUGCUGUGGAUGUUGAAGACAUUCCAGAACUCCUGAGUUCCUCCAGUCUCUUCUCAAUGCUGCUUCCACUUAUUUUGGCAUACAUUGGUCCUGUGGCUGCCUCUGUCCCUAAGGCUGCGGUGGAGGUGUUUGGUUUGGUGCAGGAACUUCUUCCAGCUGUUUCUGCCCUGAACCAGAAAUAUGCCCCUCCUGCUUUCAAUCCUAACCAGUCCACAGACAGCACCACUGGGAACCAGCCGGAGCAGGGCCUGUCAGCUUGCACCACCUCUAAUCAUUAUGCUGUCAUAGAGAGUGAUCACCCUUACAAGCAGGCUGCAGUCACCCAGUACAAGGUUUCCUUUCCAGACUGCGUUCGCUGGAUGACCGUUGAGUUUGAUCCUCAGUGUGGCACAGCACAGCCAGAAGAUGUCCUCCGUCUGCUGAUCCCCAGCCGUUCGAUGCACUUCUCUGGGCUUGGCUCCAAAGCUCUGGUUCACGAGACCAUCAACAGCUGGACCGAGCUCAAGAAGUUCUCUGGCUCCAGUGGCUGGCCCACCGCUGUCUUGGUGCUGCCAGGUAACGAAGCCCACUUCUCCUUGGAAACGGCAUCGGAUUAUGUGAAAGACGAGAAAGCCUGUUUCUAUGGAUUCAAAUGUGUAGCUGUCGGUUAUGAGUUUAACCCUGGUCUUGAUGAGGGAAUUAUUCAGCUGGAGAAGGAAUUGGCCUAUUUGGGAAGCGUGUGUGCAGAUGCACUCAUGAAAAAGGAUCUUGCCCUACCCAUAGGAAAUGAACUGGAGGAGGAUUUGGAGAUUUUAGAGGAGGCCUCACUCCAGGUGUGUAAAGGCCACUCAGGGCUCCUGGGGAAGGGACUGGCACUCUCUCACUCUCCCUCAAUCCUAGAGGCACUGGAGGGGAACCUGCCACUGCACCUGCAAACUAACGAACACUCCUUCCUAGAGGACUUCAUCACCUGUGUGCAGAACUCCAGCGGUGGGCGGCUCGCCAGGUGGCUUCAGCCAGACUCCUACGCAGACCCCCAGAAGACCUCGCUCAUCCUGAACAAAGAUGACAUCCGCUGUGGCUGGCCCACUACUGUUGUGGUGCAGACCAAAGACCAAUAUGGAGAUGUUGUGCAUGUGCCAAACAUGAAGGUUGAAGUCAAGGCUGUUCCUGUCUCUCAGAAGAAGUCCAUCCAGCAGGAGAACAUGAAGAAGCUGCAGCGUUUGCCAGGCAGCUCCUCUAAUUCCACAUCAGGCACUGAUCUCACCUACGGUGGCCACCCACCGCCCAAACUGGAGGCGACAUAUGAGCCCAUGAUCAUCAAAGAGGCCCGUUAUAUCGCCAUCACCAUGAUGAAGGCAUAUGAAAAUUACUCCUUUGAAGAGCUUCGCUUCGCCUCACCGACACCAAAGAGACCCAGUGAGAACAUGCUUAUCCGGGCAAACACAGACGGCACCUACAGCGCUAACUGGACCCCUGGUGCUGUUGGGCUUUACACCAUUCAUGUGACCAUCGAUGGCAUUGAGAUUGAUGCUGGUCUGGAGGUCGAGGUCAAAGACCCUCCCAAAGGAAUGAUCCCUCCAGGCACACAGUUGGUCAAACCUAAAGCUGAACCUCAACCUAGCAAGGUGCGCAAAUUUGUGGCCAAGGACAGCGCAGGGCUGCGCGUGCGUAGUCACCCCUCUCUGCAGAGCGAACAGAUAGGCAUAGUCCAAGUCAAUGGCACCAUCACAUUCAUUGACGAGAUCCACAAUGAUGAUGGUGUCUGGCUCAGACUGAAUGAUGAGACAGUUAAGAAGUAUGUUCCCAACAUGAAUGGGUACACUGAAGCCUGGUGCCUCUCUUUUAACCAGCAUCUGGGUAGAAGCCUCCUGGUCCCUGUCGACGAGGGCAGGUCAAAUUUGGAUGAUUAUGGAAAGGAGACCAGUGGCCACCCUUCCCAUGACGCCAAUGUUCGUGACCUGGGCGCAGGCCAGGGUGGCGGACCGGGUCUUUAUAAGGUAGUGAAGACCGGACCUUCGGGUCACAACAUCAGAAGCUGCCCAAACCUUAGAGGUAUCCCCAUUGGAAUGUUAGUUCUGGGAAACAAAGUCAAGGCUGUAGGCGAGGUGAUUAACCCGGAGGGCACCUGGGUUCAGCUUGAUAAGAACAGUGUGGUGGAGUUCUGUGAGAGUGAUGAUGGGGAGGCCUGGUCUCUGGCCCGAGACAGAGGGGGAAACCAGUACCUGCGUCACGAGGAAGAGCAAGCGAUUUUGGAGCAUGGAGCCCAGACCCCUCCUCCCAGCCCAUUCUCAGUCCAGGCGUUUAACAGGGGCGCGGGAAGCUCCGGGGCUCAGGGCUUUGACUAUGGCAUCAACAACAAAGGUGACCGGCUGAGUGCCAUACUGAAUUCCAUUCAGUCUGGGCCUUUCCUCCCAACUCCUUCCAUAUUUGAGCAAGCUGCCAAACCUCCCUCUUCCCUUGUCCACAGCCCAUUUGUGUUUGGACAAUCCCUUUCCCAGCAGCCUCAACCGCAUCCACAGCUUCCGAAUGCUUCAUCACGCAGCCUUGCUUCACGUGAGCGUGUGCACAAAAGCAGUGCGACCGGCCCUGGCACCGCUCUCUCAUCUCUUGUUCUCAGACAAAAGGGUGACAGGGAUAACAUGGCCAGUCGGUCUAUGUCUCCAGGCAGCAAGCAUCGUCAAGAGAGUCGAUCCUCCAAAACGGACAGUCACUCUAGCCGAUCUGUUGACCAGGUGAAGAGCAAGAACAAUGACAGUCUGUCUGCCAGCGAAGCCCUCAUUCUCAAAUCAGACACCGGCAAACUGCGAUCUGACUCUCACAGCCGCUCCCAUUCCCCUAACCACAACACUUUACAAGCCCUGAAAGCUGAUGGCCGAACUCCAGGCCUUAGGACUGAGUCUCCGAACCCUGGCUCCCGUUCCUCCUCACCCAAACAGAAAGCCUUUAAUUCGAGCAGAUCUAGCCCUUCCAGCAACAGUUCCCCACGUUCAUCCUCUCCUCAUGAUAAGAACCUGCCCUCUAAAGUUAGUCCUUCUUCUAAAGCUCACCUGGACCCUCCACGUGAGCGAUCGAAAUCUGAUUCUUAUACGCUAGACCCUGACACUCUUAGAAAGAAGAAAGUUCCUCUCAUGGAACCUCUGAGGGGCAGGUCUACGUCUCCAAAGCCAAAAAUUUCACCCAAAGAGAGCAAAGGAGGAAGCAGCAAUGCCGAGAACCGAGCCCCAUCUCCUCAUGUAGUUCAGGAAAACCUCCACAGUGAAGUGGUGGAGGUGUGUAGGUCCAGCACCUUGCUAUCCAACGAUGAAGCCAAUGAUGAGAAUGCAGAGUUGCACAAUGCUGAAGAGGGCUCCUCCAAGGUCCACUUUAGUAUCGGAAAAGCCCCGGUCAAGGAGGAACUUGAAAGUCGUUCUUCACCCAAAGUCAGCCGUAAAACCUCCAGCAAGCAUGUGAGACCCAAAAAAGACAAAUCAGGGCCACUCUUUAAGGGUGAAAACGUGCGUCCCACUGAACCCGCCAAGCAAGCCAUGUCGCCUUCUGUUGCAGAAUGUGCCCGUUCUGUUUUUGCUGCCUUCCUGUGGCAUGAGGGCAUAGUACAUGAUGCCAUGGCAUGUUCUUCCUUCCUCAAGUUCAACCCUGAGCUGACCAAAGAACAUGCACCCAUCCGUAAUUCUCUCAGCUGCCAACAGGGUUUUGAGGAGAAGGAGAGCAAACUGAAGAACCGUCACUCUCUGGAGAUCUCCUCGGCACUCAACAUGUUCAACAUAUCACCACAUGGCCCAGACAUUUCCAAGAUGGGUAGCAUCAACAAGAACAAGGUUCUGUCCAUGCUAAAAGAGCCACCCUUGCCCGAGAAGUGCGAGGAUGGAAAAAGUGAGGCGGUCUCCUAUGAGAUGACUAGCCACUCCUCUAUGAGGUCUAAGUCCAUCUUGCCUCUCACCCUCCAGCACCUAGUUGCCUUCUGGGAGGAUAUAUCCAUGGCUACCAUAAAAGCGGCUACACAGAAUAUGAUCUUCCCGAGUCCAGGGUCCAGUGCUAUCCUUAAAAAGAAGGAAAAUGAAAAGGACAGCAAGAAGACCAAGAAAGAGAAGAAGAAGGAGAAAGCGGAGAUUCGCCCCAGGGGGAACCUCUUUGGAGAGAUGGCGCAGUUAGCUAUGGGAGGCCCAGAGAAGGAUACCAUCUGUGAGCUGUGUGGAGAGUCUCACCCAUACCCUGUUACCUACCACAUGAGACAGACCCACCCAGGCUGUGGCCGGUAUGCUGGAGGUCAGGGCUAUAACAGUAUUGGUCACUUUUGUGGAGGCUGGGCUGGUAAUUGUGGAGAUGGUGGGAUUGGAGGAAGCACCUGGUACUUGGUGUGUGAUCGUUGUAGAGAGAAGUACCUGAGAGAUAAACAAACAGCUGCCAGAGAAAAGGUUAAGCAGUCAAGAAAGAAACCUCUCCAGGUUAAAACCCCACGCUCUCUGCCCACCAUGGAGGCCCACCAGGUGAUCCGUGCCAAUGCACUGUUCCUGCUGUCUCUGAGCAGCGCCGCUGAGCCAAGUCUACUUUGCCAUCACCCACCUAAACCCUUCCACACACAUCUGCCCAGCCUCAAAGAGGGAGUGUCUGAGGAACUACCCAACAAGAUGGGCUGCCUCUAUCUGCAAACGCUAGCCCGCCAACACACUGAGAACUUUGGGGCCUAUCAAGAUGACAACCUGUUUCAGGAUGAGAUGCGUUACCUGCGUUCUACGUCAGUCCCUGCUCCCUACAUCUCAGUCACUCCAGAUGCCUGCCCCAAUGUUUUUGAAGAGCCAGGAAGUAACAUGAAGUCCAUGCCCCCAAGUUUGGAGACAAGUCCAAUCACAGACAGUGACACGGCCAAGCGGACAGUAUUCCAGCGCUCAUAUUCAGUGGUUGCCUCUGAGUAUGAUAAGCAGCACUCAGCCUCCCCAGCACGGGUCAAAGCAGUACCGAGACGCAGGGUACACAGCGGGGAUGCGGUUGGGUCAUCUCUGCUUCGUCACCCUUCUCCCGAGUUGUCUCGACUGAUCUCAGCCCAUGGCUCUCUCAGCAAGGGUGAAAGGAACUUCCAGUGGCCUGUGCUGGCAUUUGUUAUCCAGCAUCAUGAUCUAGAGGGUCUGGAGGUGGCUAUGAAGCAUGCACUCCGUAAAUCAGCCUGCAGGGUGUUUGCCAUGGAGGCUUUUAAUUGGCUGUUGUGUAACGUUACCCAAACCACCUCCCUCCAUGAUAUCCUGUGGCACUUUGUGGCGUCUCUGACUCCGUCUCCCUUUGAGACGGAAGAAGAGGAGGAUGAAGAGAACAAAGGGAACAAGGAGAACCUCGAGCAGGAGAAGGAUUUAGGUGUCUGUGAGCACCCCCUGUCUGACAUUCUCAUCGCAGGAGAGGCGGCUCACCCGCUGCCCCACACCUUCCACCGUCUGCUCCAGACCAUCUCUGACCUCAUGAUGUCACUUCCCAGUGGAAGCUCACUUCAGCAGAUGGCCCUGAGGUGUUGGAGUCUUAAAUUCAAACAAUCAGAUCAUCAGUUCCUGCACCAGAGUAACGUGUUUCACCACAUCAACAACAUCCUGUCCAAAUCAGAUGAUGGGGACAGUGAGGAGAGUUUUAACAUCAGCGUACAGUCGGGAUACGAAGCGAUUAGUCAGGAACUUUGUGUAGUGACCUGUCUGAAAGAUCUGACCAGCGUGGUGGACAUUAAAACAUCCAGCCGACCAGCCAUGAUCGGCAGCCUGACUGAUGGCUCCACUGAGACGUUCUGGGAGUCUGGAGAUGAAGAUAAGAACAAAACAAAGAGCAUCACUAUCAGCUGUGUCAAAGGCAUCAAUGCCUCAUAUGUCUCUGUCCAUGUCGACAACUCUCGUGACAUUGGAAAUAAAGUCACAUCAAUGAUAUUCCUUUGUGGGAAGGCUGUGGAAGAUCUCUGCAGAAUCAAACAGAUUGACUUAGACUCAAGGCACAUGGGCUGGGUGACCAGCGAGCUGCCUGGAGGAGACCAUCAUGUGAUCAAGAUCGAGCUUAAGGGUCCUGAGAACACACUUCGGGUACGGCAGGUCAAAGUGCUUGGCUGGAAGGAGGGCGAGAGCACCAAGAUUGCUGGGCAUAUAUCAGCCAGUGUAGCUCAGCAGAAGAACUGUGAGGCUGAGACGCUGCGUGUCUUCCGCCUCAUUACAUCACAGGUAUUUGGAAAACUAAUUUGUGGGGAUGCAGAACCAACACCAGAACAAGAAGAGAAGAACCUGCUCUCCUCACCUGAGGGUGAAGACAAGGCUCCAUCUGAUGCAGACUUGAAGGAGCACAUGGUUGGCAUUAUUUUCAGCAGGAGCAAACUGACCAACCUUCAGAAACAGGUAUGUGCUCAUAUCGUUCAGGCCAUCCGUAUGGAGGCCACACGUGUGCGGGAGGAAUGGGAGCACGCCAUUUCCAGCAAGGAGAACGCAAACUCUCAGCCCAGUGACGACGACGCCUCCUCUGAUGCUUACUGCUUUGAGCUGUUGUCUAUGGUGCUGGCCUUGAGUGGAUCUAACGUUGGGCGGCAGUACCUAGCCCAGCAGCUCACCCUACUGCAGGACCUCUUCUCCCUCCUUCACACCGCUUCACCACGCGUCCAGAGACAGGUGACGUCACUACUCAGACGUGUUCUUCCUGAGGUCACUCCCAUGCGCUUGGCCAGCGUCAUCGGCGUAAAGGCUCUACCACCAGCAGACAUCAGUGACAUCAUCCACUCCACCGAGAAGAGCGACUGGACCAAGCUGGGCAUUUUAGAUAUGUUUCUGGGCUGCAUCGCCAAAGCCCUCACUGUGCAGCUCAAGGCGAAGGGCACCACUAUAGUUGGCACAGCUGGCAUGGCUGCAGGCAAAGGAGUCACUACAGUCACCCUACCCAUGAUCUUCAACUCGAGCUACAUACGGCGUGGAAUAAGUCACUGGUGGAUGAAGGGCUCCACUCCUCCUCAGAUCGCUGAGAUUAUCAUUAAACUUGUCAAAGACAUGGCUGCUGGCCACCUCUCGGAUGCCUGGUCCAGGGUGACUAAGAAUGCUAUUGCUGAGACCAUUAUUGCGCUCACUAAGAUGGAAGAGGAGCAUCGCUGUCCAGUGCGCUGCAUCGCCACCACUCGGCUAUGGCUCGCAUUGGCCUCUCUGUGUGUGCUGGAUCAGGACCACGUGGACCGACUGUCUUCAGGACGCUGGAUGGGCAAAGACGGGCAGCAGAAGCAGAUGCCCAUGUGUGAUAACCAUGACGACGGAGAGACGUCAGCCAUUAUUCUGUGUAAUGCUUGUGGAAACCUGUGCACUGACUGCGACCGCUUCCUCCAUCUCCACCGCCGCACACGGACCCACCAGAGACAGGUCUUUAAGGAGGAGGAAGAGGCCAUUAAGGUGGACCUACAUGAAGGCUGUGGUAGAACCAAACUCUUUUGGCUCAUGGCAUUGGCCGAUUCGAAGACCAUGAAGGCCAUGGUGGAGUUCCGCGAGCACACAGGUAAACCAGCAUCCAGCAGUUCAGACGUCUGCCGCUUCUGUGGCACCAGGAACGGCACGGAGCUGUCUGCAGUAGGAAGUGUAUGUUCAGACCAAGACUGUCAGGAGUACGCAAAACUGGCCUGCAGUAAGACUCAUCCGUGCGGUCACCCGUGUGGAGGGGUCAAAAAUGAAGAGCUGUGUCUUCCCUGUUUACAUGGUUGUGACAAAACCGCAGCCUGUCUGAAACAGGAUGCUGACGAUAUGUGUAUGAUUUGCUUCACUGAGGCUCUGUCUGCUGCUCCAGCAAUCCAGCUGGACUGCAGUCAUGUGUUCCAUCUUCAGUGCACAAGAAGGGUUCUGGAGAACCGCUGGCUUGGGCCCAGGAUAACCUUCGGGUUCAUGUCUUGCCCUAUUUGCAAGAACAAAAUAAACCACUCUGUCCUAAAAGAUCUGCUCGAGCCCAUCAAAGAGCUGUAUGAGGACGUGAGGAGGAAGGCUUUAAUGAGACUGGAGUAUGAAGGACUGCACAAGAGUGAAGCCAUCACAAUGUCUGGAGCUCGAUUCUACAACAACCCAGCUGGAUUUGCCAUGAACAGAUAUGCUUACUACGUCUGCUUCAAGUGCAAAAAGGCCUAUUUUGGGGGAGAAGCUCGCUGUGAUGCCGAGGCAGGACAAGGAGACGAUUAUGAUCCCCGUGAGCUCAUCUGUGGUGCGUGCUCAGAUGUGUCCAGAGCACAGAUGUGCUCUAAACACGGGACAGAUUUCCUGGAGUAUAAAUGUCGUUACUGUUGCUCUGUGGCUGUGUUCUUCUGCUUUGGGACGACACAUUUUUGCAACGCCUGUCAUGAUGAUUUCCAGAGGAUGACCAGUGUCCCAAAAGAAGAGCUGCCUCAUUGUCCUGCUGGACCAAAAGGAAAACAGUUAGAAGGAAGCGAGUGUCCCCUGCAUGUAGUACAUCCUCCCACCGGAGAGGAGUUCGCCCUGGGCUGCGGCGUGUGUAGAAAUGCCCAUACCUUCUAAACGCCAGAGUCCUAUAAUGAUCUCUCUCUAUAUAUAUAUAUAUAUAUUCACCCUCCUGGGCGGCCGACUCCCUCUUCAGCGCAGCCCGAGAGCAGAUACAGCGGACGUCCCAUUCUGAGGGGGCUGUGACGGGCCGCUGUGCACCAGGGUGCAUCCCUACCCUCUCUUUAGAUGCUGAAGAAUGAAAAAAAUAACAAAAAAAAUAAAAUAACGUUGUGACGUGUUUGCAUGUAGCCGUUGUAACCCUGCGGCUUGUAUAAACGUUGCACACCUCCUGACCACUGAAGGGUAACAAUGUAUGGAGGAUUUUGGGAUCCGAGACCACCGCGGAUGGGCCAUGAUUUGAGCUUCUCGAAUACAAAUUUAAGAUUCUAUUGUUGUAUGUAAACUGACUUUGUUUUCGUAAUCCUGUACAGUAUUCCUUCACUUUGGAGUGCAUCAUGGUUUGACUGCUAAAGAUUCAAAUGCUAUAAGAGGACUUUAGAAUGUGACGCUGGAGGAAAAUAGUGUACGAUUUAUCUAAUCUUGUAUAUAAUGACAGUAACCCUUCAUAUGUGUAUCCCGACGUUGCUACUCUACACUUCAGUUUUCGUUUGAUAUUCUGGGUUAUGUUUUGAGCCAGAACUUUUAAUGAAGUGCAAUACUGGGCGUGCCUCCUCGCAGAUGUAAACAUAUGGAAUGUAUGUCAAUAAAGCCACUGUACAUUUUUAUACAGUGAUACACACACUGUUGUGUUUUCCCCGGCAAGUGUGCCAUCAUUUCUGUAGUCAGAACCUUAUCGAGGGGCUUGUUGUCUGCGGUGUCUGCCCUGUUGUCUCAAUGACGUGGUAUAAACCCCUUUUUCCUGUCAUUUUAAAACGAAGGUGAGUAUGUUCUGCUUUUGUAUUGUAAGAACACGACUCCUUGGGGCCAGUCUUCACACCAAAUCAAAGGACCGUGAGGCAAAACAAGAUAUAUAUUAGAAAUUGUGGCUAUUUAAUGGUUGUUUUGGAGGCAUAUUGGAAAGAUUGUUUGGGGGGGGGG